CCGUCCCUGCCCCGACGCCUGACGCCAGCUCCUCGCCCACUCCCUGCCCAAGCGGGCCAGUGCGAGCUCUUUAAAGGCUGAACGGGUUCCUCCGCAUUCACUCAGCCGGAGCUGUCCCUGCCCUGUCCCUGCCCCGUCCCUGCCCUAUCCCCGCUCCUGCCUUUGCACAACGCGCCCUGCUCAGACACAGCCGGUGUCCCAGAGCUGUCCCGGUGUCCCAGAGCUGUCCCGCUGCUCUCCCGGGGCUGGGGACAGCCGUGCAUGGAGGGGCCGCUGCCCCGGGGCCCUACAGCAGCCGGGGAGCUCCCGCGGCCAGCGCCGCAGGGAUGUCCGAGAGCUCCUCCAGCAAGGAGGGCGCCCCGGCCGAGUGCCCCGUGUGCUACGAGAAGUUCCAGCCCCUGGAGGCCACGCACCGGCGGCUCAGCUGCGGCCACACCUUCUGCCACGACUGCCUGGUGAAGUGCCUGCUGUCGGCCAAGCUGGACGGGCACGUCCAGAGCAGCAUCACCUGCCCCGUGUGCCGCUACGUCACCUUCCUCAGCGAGAAGCGGGCUCUGUGGCCGGCCACCAGCCCCCGGGCGCUGGAGGUGCCCCUGUCGCCAUCCUCCCUGUCGCAGCCGGCCAAAAGCGAGGCCGGCAACACGCUGGUGGUGCCCAGUCACUUCGUGCUGCCGGUGCAGAGCCUGGAGCGCUGCUCGCCGGGGCUGCCGGGGGUGCUGGCACGGGAAGCCCACGUCUUUGUCAUCAGCGAGCACGGCGCGCCGCUGGCGGCCGCGGAGCGCGGCUCCCCGGGCCCCCCCCCCCCCCCCCGCGCGGCCGGCUCGGCGCCGUCCGGCCCGGCCCUGGGGCUGCAGUGCUGCCAGUCCCCCAUGGCCCUGGCCGUCAUGCUCGUCCUGACCCUGGCCAUGCUGGCGGCCGUGCUCCCCUGGCUGCUGCUGGUCAGGAGGGACUUGUAGCAGGGAUGGGAUCAGCUGGGACACCAGAGUGCUGGGACACACUGGAGGGGCUGGAGCCUCUCUCUGAAGCUGCUGGAGGAAGCCCAGAAGCAGCUUUGGGUGAAGCUCUCUCAUCUGGCCGGGGACUGAAGUGCUUGCAGUGCCACUGCUGGCAUUUUCUGUCCCUUUUGGUUAAAACUGCAGCCAAACUCUGCUGGUGCCUUCCUGCAGGGUCUCCGUGGACAGGAUCCUCCUGCACGCUGUGACAGCACCUGCAGGGGCUGAGGGGGCAUUGCUGCCCCUGCCCAGCUCCCUCCCAGCUCUGGGUGGGCUGGGA